AUGAUCAGCAGGAAGUACUGUUGGGUUAUAAGGAGAUAUAAUGGUAGUCACACAUGUACCCGAGCCACCAUUUCACAAGAUCAUUCGAAGCUGGAUUCUCUCACAAUUGCAGAAGCGAUAAAGCCAUUGGUUGAGGCGGACCCUUCCUUAAAGGUAAAGUCGGUUAUAGCAGAAGUGCAAUCGAAGUUUAACUACACCGUUAGUUAUCGGAAAGCAUGGCUGGCUAAGCAAAGGGCAGUAGAAAAAAUAUUUGGAGGUUGGAAAGCAUCGUUUGAAGCGUUGCCUAUAUGGUUUGAGGCCAUGUGUCAUAAGGAGCCAUCAGCUGUUGUCCAUUUUGAGACUAUGCCUGCAUAUCAAGGCGAUGACUUGGUGGGUGAUAUUCGAGUACUGCAUAGAAUAUUUUGGAGUUAUUACCCCUGUAUUAGGGCAUUCAGAUAUUGUAAACCAGUUGUCCAGGUGGAUGGGACUCACUUGUACAAAAAGUAUAAGGGUUGUCUACUAGUGGCAGUUUCACAAGAUGGCAACAACAAUAUCGUCCCAAUUGCGUUUGCUAUUGUGGAGGGAGAGACGUCUGAUGCAUGGCACUUUUUCCUUAGUAACCUUCGUCAACAUGUUGUCACUCGGGAUGGUGUGGGUCUAAUAUCCGACCGACACAAAUCCAUCAAUGCAGCUGUCGAACGCAGUAACGGAGCUUGGUCACCUCCUAGAGCUUUUCAUAUGUUUUGCAUCAGGCAUAUUGAGUCAAACUUUCUGCGAAAAUUCAAGGCACCGUACCUCCAAAAAUUGGUCGUCAACAUUGGAUAUUCAAGGACGGUGCGGGAGUACGAAGUGCGUUACCAGCGAUUACGGGAACGGGGCGAAGCGUAUACAAACUGGUUAAACCGAAUUCCUCGCGAACAAUAUGCAUUGGCAUUUGAUGGUGGAUACCGAUGGGGUCACAUGACGACGAAUCUUGUGGAAUGCAUCAAUUCAGUAUUGAAGGGUGCACGCAAUCUUCCAAUAACUGCUCUUGUGAAGGCAACAUUCUACAGGCUAAACGAGUUGUUCACCCGAAAAAGAGCGGAGGUAGAAGCGCGGAUUAGUGCUGGCCAUGUGUUCUCUGAUGUCGUGACCUCGAAGUUGCAUGCAAACCAACUUGCAUCAGGAAACAUUCAGGUCAGUUGCUUUGACCGCCUGAAUGAGGUCUUUGAGGUGCGUGAGAUGCCAAGUGGACUGGAGUUUGCAGUCGAUCUACGUGGCCUUCGAUGUGACUGUGGUGAGUUCCAUGUGGAUCGGAUCCCUUGCAGAUAUGUGUUCGCAUGUUGUGCCAACCAGCGACUGGAUUGGAAACUGUAUGUCCAUGAUGUGUAUAAGAUGGACCAAGUUCGGCGGGUGUACCGAGCAAGGUUUAGGCCACUAGGUAAUCCUACAACAUGGCCUGCUUACAACGGACCUCGGUUCGUACCGAAUCCGUACCUUAGACGCGUCACGAAAGGUCGCCCCAAGAUGACCCGCUUCUUGAAUGAGAUGGACACGCGAAUAUUACGUCGUCCUAGGCGAUGUAGGCUAUGUGGAGCUGAGGGACAUAGUCAUAGCAGAUGCCGUCAGUCAGCUGGUGCAAAUGCCGACGAAGAUGCUCAAUAG